UACCGAUUAUUACUAAGUUCAAAUAUUAAACUGACUUUUUUAGUACAAUAAUCUACAAUUAGCAAAGAAUGUAUAUUUGAUAUAAUUUUAUAUUUUCUUCAUCAAUAAAUUAAGAGAAAUACUAAACAUACACGUAUUAGACGAUAUUAUAUUAAUUAUUGUAAAAUUGGAUUAUCACAUUAAAAAAAGUGGAUAUUACUUACUGAUAGAUAUUUUCAAACAACAGUUUUUUAGUAAUAUAAACUGUAAAUAUGAAUAAGGAUUUAAAAAAGAAAACAACAUUGGCAGACAUGGCAUUUUUAAAGAAAUCUUAUAAAGAAUAUAUAAGAGACGAUUUUAUAAAUGCAUUUAAAAAAUUUUAUUGUGAUGGUAACAUGAAUGUACCAAUUUUUGACAAUUUAAAAUCUGACUGUAAUCACUACAAAUCUAAUAAAACAAAAACAAAAAUGGAUCACUAUGAACUGGUGGUAUAUGCAAAAAAUAUUUUAUUUUGGCUUGAUCCAAAAAUGGGUUACGAUAACUGUAAGGAAGUUCCAAAACCAACUAAACAAAGAUUUUUCAAGACCAGUUAUUUUCAAGAAGGAGAACAACUGUCAAGAGUUUGUCUUUACUACAGAUUACCGGAUUUUAAUAAUAAGAUUAUAGAUAAACAAUUGUCUAAAAAAAUAGAUUUGUCUUGUGAUUUUCCUCCGAAAAAUGUGAAAGCAGAUAAUGCAAGCGAAACAAUAAUUUAUUCUCCAGAUAAACCGAUAAAAAAAAAAACUAAAAACAAAGUAAAAUCUAACAAUGGAUCAUGUAAUUUAAGUAAAAAAAGCUUAUCUACCCCUGAAGUUGAUAUGAUAAUAGAUUCUAAAAAGGAAUUGAAUAAAAAUGUCAUCACACCACUUACUUCGAGUGGUUCAAAUAAAAAAAGUUUACACAAUCCCAAAACAGAAAUUCCUAAUAAGGUAGAAGAUCCUAACUUAGAGUUAAAUAAAAAAGUUGGCCUACCAACUACAUCAAAAAACUUGAAUGAUAAACGUCCACACAGUCCUAAAGCAGAAAUCAAUACGGUUAAUCACAUAGAAAUUUUGUUAAAAGAGAAAAAUUGCCCACCGACUAUCUCUAAAGAUUUGAAUAAGAAACGUCCACAUGGAUCUGAAGCAGAAAUUGAUACAGUAAAUAAUAAAGAAAUUUUGCUAAAAGAAGAAAACUGCACACCGACUUGCUCAAAAGAUCUGAAUCAAAACCGUCCUCUUGGAAAAGCUGAAACUGAUACGGUAAUUAUAAAAGAAAUUUUGUUAAAAGAAAAAAAUAGCACACUGAUUUCUUCGAAUCAAUUAAAUAAAAAACGUCCACAAGAAGAAGAAAUUGAUACAGUAAAUAACAAAGAAAUGUUGGUAAAAGAAAAAAAUUGCACACUGACCUUAAAUGAUCUGAAUAAAAAGAGCUUAUGUGGUGUUGCAGAAGAAAUUGAUAUGGUAAAUGAUCCUGGUAUUAUGGCAAAUUCCAGAAAAAGCACUCUAACUAAAUCAAAAGAUUUGAAGAAAAGUGUGCCCAGCUCUAAAUCAAAAAUCCAUACGGAAAAAGAUUCUGAUAUCAAAUUAAAACAAAAAAGUACACCAAGUACUUCAGGUGUUUUAAAUAAUAAAAGUUCACGCGAUGCCGAAGCAGAAAUCGACAUGAUAUUUCAAAAUUUUGUCUGUUCUCCAACAUACAACGAUUGUACAUUAUCAGAUGAUAGUCCAAAAAAUAAUUCUAAUAUACCAACUGAAAAAUCCACAAAUAUUGUAUGCACCUCUAAAAAGAGUAUAAAAGCAAAUAUCGGGGUGCAAAACACAUCUUCCAAAAACACUAUUGAGAGAGUGAAAAAAAUAUCGGAAGCAAAUCAAACUUUUGAAGAAAAAGAGUUAUCCAAAAGUGUUUUGAAAUCGAAAAACAGUGAAAUUAUACCAAAUUGUUUAUUUUAUAAAACACCAUCGACCAAAAAUAUUACUCUUAGUAACAAAAAAAAUAGUAAGCAACCAGUUGAAAGUAAUAGCAGGUCAAAAGAGUGUGGUAACAUCUCGUUAACUGGAAAAAGAUGUAAUUCUAAUAAUGAUUUAGAUACUAUUGUGACAAAUAAAAAAUUAAAGACUGAAUCUAAAGAAAUAUUAUCUCAUUCUUCUAACAAAAUAAAAGAUAUCAACGACAUUAAAAAUGAAAAUCAUUAUGAAGCAGAAAAAAACUUGCCUGGUAGGCAAAACGAUGAUGAAAUAAAAAAAUCUCAUAACUCUAAAAAGACAUUGAUUACGACUACAAAAAAAAAUAUGAAUGAAAUAGCAAAGGCUGUAAAAAAUGACAACCAAUUUAACUUAGAAAAUAGUAGUCCUAAAGAUAAUACACCAAAUAAAAAUAUUAUACAAAAAAUUGAUGUACAGAAGACACAAAUAGAUUCUACAAAAAAACCUUAUAAAAAUAUGUAUACGAGAAAUAGUAAAGGUGAAACAAUAUUGCAUACUGCUUGUUCUAAGGGUAAUCUAGAUACAGUAAUCUCACUGCUUUCACAAGGGUUCAAUCCAAACGUUAAAGACCAUGCUGGAUGGACUCCUUUGCAUGAAACAGUGAAAACUGGUCGCAUAGACAUUGUAAAAAGUUUGAUUAAAUAUGGGGCGUAUUUAAGUGUACCCGGUUUUGAAUAUGAAACCCCAUUACAUACAGCUAUUAAGUACAAUCAAUUUGAAAUAGCAGAAAUACUUUUGGAAAAUAGAGCCAAUACUAAAUGUGUAAACAUUUAUGGGGAAACACCCAAAACUCUUAACGAAGAAAUAUGGUCAAAAUUAACAAUAAAAAAAAAUCUAUGUACGCCAAAAUUUGAUCAUGUUUAUGAGCCAGAUCAAGUUACAAUAAUUGUAAAUGGAAUCACACUGAACAAUGGUACUAUUAAUAGAUUUUGUAAACAGUUUAAUAUUAAACUCGCCAAGACCAGUUUUAAUGAUAAACAUUAUGUGACUCAUGUCAUAGUGCCAGACACGCCAAAUAAUAUUUGUAAUGUGAAUUUUGAAUGUUUGAAUGGCAUAGCAAAUGGAUUAUUUAUCAUUAAACAAAAAUGGAUCACUAAUUCGCUGCUACAAAAUAAACUUUUGUCGUGUGAAGAUUAUGAAGUUAGCGGAACAAAACAAUUUGUUGACUGUAAUGGUCCGAAAUUAUCACGAAUAAAUAAACAAAAUUUGAACCCAAAACUGUUUGAUGGAAUAAAUGUACACAUUUGUGGAAAUUCAGGCUUUAACCAAUUAACAGUAGAAGAUUUAAAGAAACUGGUAUUAGAAUUUGGAGCAAAACUGUUGAAACGAAUGCCAAAUCCCGAAGAUUGCUCUACAAAUAUUAUGCCAUUUCAUUGUCAAAAAUAUGAACAAAUGCAAUAUCUAUCUACAAUCAUACUAUACACCAAUGAUUCUAAUAGAUUAAUUAAAUAUAAUAUGAAACAUUUCAAAGCAUUUCAUAUUUCAUGGUUUUUAGAAGUCGCUCAAAAGUAUUCUAUUGUAUAAAGUUAUUAAUAAAUACAUCCUUAUGAGUUAUUUA